UGUAGGCAGAGUCACUUCCGGCCCAGGUACGCUAGGCCGCGGCCUUCGUUCCUCCCAGAAAGAUAGCCUUAAAGCUGCCUGAGAACAGUAAACAACGUAACAAACCUUGAGGAAGAACCAUGAAAUUAAACUCCUGAUCUCCAGUCCUCCCCAAGGUCAAGCACUGAGCUGCUUUUCACAGAGGAGCACACGAAGCCCCACAAACAACCCUGCAGGUCUCUGCCUCUCCCUAGAAAAAGAAGGAGAAAAUGAUCAAAUUUCAGGAGAUGGUGACAUUCAAGGAUGUUGCUGUGGUUUUCACCGAGGAGGAGCUGGGGCUGCUAGACUCUGUUCAGAGAAAGCUGUACCGAGAUGUGAUGCUGGAGAACUUCAGGAACCUGCUCUUAGUAGCACAUCAGCCCUUCAAGCCAGACCUGAUAUCCCAGUUGGAGAGAGAAGAAAAGCUUUUGAUGGUAGAGACAGAAACACCAAGAGAUGGGUGUUCAGGAAGGAAGAAUCAACAAAAGAUGGAGACUAUUCAGGAAGUAAGAGUAAGCUACCUUUCCCCCAAAGAGCUUUCCUCCUGUCAGACCUGGCAACAAAGUGCAGGUGGGUUAAUCAGGUGUCAAGAUUUCCUGAAAGUUUUUCAAGGGAAGAAUUAUCAUUUGCAAGAACAAGGUGAUUCCCUCUGCAAGGUUUGGGCAGGAAUACCAGUUCAGAUUUCUGAAGAUGAGAACUAUAUAUUGACUCAUAUAGGGAAUGGCUCCAAUUAUAUAAAAAGUCAAGAGUAUCCAUCUUGGAGGACACAGCAUUCUUGGAGGAAAAUAUAUCUGAAAGAGUCACAUAAUUAUCAGGGUAGAUGUCAGCAAAUUUCCAUGAAAAAUAAUUUCUGUAAGUGUGACCGCAUCAGUUGGAUCUCACAUCACAAUGAUAAACUAGAAGUACACAGAGAAGAAAACUACAGCUGCCAUGACUGUGGAGAAGAUAUCAUGAAGGUAUCAUUGCUUCAUCAGGAUUCAAUUCAAACAGGGGAGAAGCCCUAUCCAUGUACUGGGUAUAGAAAAGCCUUCAGUAAUGACUCCAGCUCUGAAGUUCAUCAGGAGUUCCAGUUGGAAGGGAAGUCCUAUACGUACAGUUCAUGUGGAAAGGGCUGUAGUUAUAGUUCACUUCUUCAUAUUCAUCAAAAUCUUCAGAGAGAAGAUGAUGUUAUUGAGAAUUCACAUCUGAAAUCCUAUCAGAGAGUGCAUCCAGAGGAGAAAUCAUGCAAAUGUGGUGAAUAUGGUGAGAACUUCAAUCACUGUUCCCCUCUUAACACUUACGAACUUAUCCACACAGGUGAGAUGUCCUGUAGGCACAACAUUUAUGAGAAAGCCUUCAGUCAUAGCUUUAACCUUAAUGGUAUUUUUAGGGUCCAAACUAGGGAUGAACCCCAUGAAUAUGAGGAAAAUGACAAUAUCUUUAAUCAGAGUUCAUGUCUUCAAGUCCAUCAAAAAAUCCACACUGAAGAGAAAUUAUACAGAGAUGUAGAGUAUGGAAAGAGUUUCAUUUGUAGUCCAAAUCUUGACAUUCAGCAUAGGGUACACAUGGAAGAGAAUCCCUAUAAUUCCGAGGAGUGUGGUAAUGGCUUCAAUCUGGCCUCACAUUUUCAAGACCUUCAGAUAGUCCACACUGAGGAACAACCAUAUAAACGCUAUGUGUGUGGUAACAGCUUCGGCCAUAAUUUGUAUUUUCAAGGUCAUCAGAAAAUUCACAUUGAAGAGAAGCCACAUAAGGAGUGUGGGAAUGGCUUCAACUGGAGCUCAAAACUUAAAGAUCAUCAGAGAGUCCACAGUGGACAGAAGCCAUACAAAUGCAGUGCAUGCGGCAAAGGUUUCAAUCAUAGAUCAGUUCUGAAUGUUCAUCAGAGAGUCCACACUGGAGAGAAACCUUAUAAAUGUGAGGAAUGUGAUAAGGGAUUCAGUCGGAGUUCAUAUCUUCAAGCCCAUCAGAGAGUCCACACUGGAGAAAAACCGUAUAAAUGUGAGGAAUGUGGGAAGGGGUUCAGUCGAAAUUCAUACCUUCAAGGCCAUCAGAGAGUUCACACUGGAGAAAAACCAUACAAGUGUGAGGAGUGUGGGAAGGGCUUCAGUCGGAGUUCACACCUUCAAGGCCAUCAGAGAGUCCACACUGGAGAAAAACCAUUCAAAUGUGAGGAGUGUGGGAAGGGGUUCAGUUGGAGUUUUAAUCUUCAAAUUCAUCAGAGGGUUCACACAGGAGAAAAACCCUAUAAAUGUGGAGAAUGUGGUAAAGGUUUCAGUAAGGCCUCAACUCUUUUGGCCCAUCAGAGAGUCCACACGGGAGAAAAGCCAUACCAAUGUGAUGAGUGUGGUAAGAAUUUCAGUCAGAGAUCGUACCUUCAAAGUCAUCAGAGUGUGCAUUCUGGAGAAAGACCAUAUAUAUGUGAGGUAUGCGGAAAGGGCUUCAGUCAAAGGGCAUAUCUUCAAGGUCAUCAGAGAGUCCACACUAGAGUGAAACCAUAUAAGUGUGAGAUAUGUGGGAAGGGCUUUAGUCAGAGCUCACGCCUCGAAGCACAUCGGAGGGUUCACACAGGAGGGAAACCAUACAAAUGUGAGGUGUGUACAAAGGGUUUCAGUGAAAGUUCACGCCUUCAAGCACACCAAAGGGUUCAUGCAGAAGGGAGACCCUAUAAAUGUGAACAGUGUGGUAAGGGUUUCAGUGGGUAUUCAAGUCUUCAAGCACAUCACAGAGUCCACACUGGGGAGAAACCAUACAAAUGUGAGGUAUGUGGAAAAGGGUUCAGUCAGAGAUCAAAUCUUCAGGCUCAUCAGAGAGUCCACACAGGAGAGAAACCAUACAAAUGUGAUGCAUGUGGUAAGGGUUUCCGUUGGAGCUCAGGUCUUCUAAUUCAUCAAAGAGUCCAUAGUAGUGAUAAAUUCUAUAAAAGCGAAGACUAUGGUAAGGACUACCCUUCAUCAGAGAAUCUACACAGAAAUGAAGAUUCUGUUUUGUUUUGAAGUCCUCAAAUGGGAGCUGAAAUUUUCCAGUCACUAGAGUUCUUUCAGUAGAAAAAGAAUUUUUUAAAAUUAAAAUGUGAUGUUUCUGCCCAAUUUCAACAUUCAUAAUGGCCAGGAGACCACACAACAGAGACAUUUAAUGAGAGGGGUUUCAUAAGGGAUUUUGUUAGAACUUUAACAUCAGUCAUUGCACAGGAGGUAAGGCUUAUAAAAUAUGAGUAUGGUCAGAAAUUUAAUAAAAGUACAGUGAAGAACAUGCCUAAAUCCAUGUUCUCUAGAAUGUCAGCUUGGUAAGAGAAGGGACUUUGUUCAUUUCUAGUCUACAAAACUAUGACAUUUCAUAACUCAAUGUAGGUGUUUAGUACUUUUUGCUAAAUGAGUAAAAGUAUGUAAAGGUACAAUGUUUGAAUUUUUUUAAGCUCAUUUUUUAAAACUUCACUUAAAAUGUAUUUGGAGGAGGAAUCCUACAAGUAAUCUUAAUGAAAUCAUUUCAAGUAAAUAUUAUUUGAAAUGUAGAACAUUAAGCAUUAUUGUGAUCUGAAAUAACAUUAAUUUGGUUGUAACCCUAUUGGGGUUGGUUCCCAUCCUUUGUUCCAUGUUGAGCAGAGAUGUGCUGCGUUUCUUAACAUUUGGUCUCUCUACAUUAUACCAUCCAUUGAUUUAGCUUUGUGUGUAUGUAUAUGUCCACGUGUGUGCACUUUAAAUAGCAGUACAAACUGAUAAACAAUGUUUCUGGUUAAUGUUGCAAAAAUGGAACACUGUAUUUUACCUAAUUGAUUUUCUACUCCUGCCCUGUAAAUUAAGGCAGAGUUUUACUAUAAGAUUCGCAAAGUAUCCAAAAUGGUUACUGAUGACAAAUACUUUUUAAUAAAUGUCAAAGUCACAAUA